AUGGAGCCAAGUUCUGAAUAUCCAUGAGGCCUUGCUCCGACGUCCUGUAGCGACGGACCUUAUCCGUCGACAGACGACGCUGCUCGACGAGCGAGGCUGAAUCAAGACAGCAAGACAACAGCACGGAGCUCCGAGCGACGAGGCCAGAAGCGGAAUUUUGUUCCUCGAUUCAAACUGCCACCAGCCUAGCGUGCGAAGAAGAAGCAUCGACCAUGGCAACUCUUUGUGUCUCGUCGAUUGUGCACGGUGCCAUGCCAGCUGGGCAUGUAUGCUCAGCAGUUUCUUCUGGACAACAAAAGCUCCAUGCUAGAGCGAGACUGUCCUCCACAUCGUCAUUGUAUUUUGGUAGCUCCAACUUGGUAGCAUUGAGGUCCGAAUCGAAAGGAGUCAAACAAGUUGCCACCGUAGAAACAAGGUGUGAGAGCAAGACAGAGGAGACCAGAGGACCCAGCGCCGAUAUUUGGAUCGGACGAUUAGCGAUGGUCGGGUUUGCCGCUGCCAUCACAUCGGAGAUUGUCACCGGGAAAGGAGUACUAGCGACCGCAGGUUUGAGCACUCCCCAACCCACUCUGGCUUUGGCGUUAGCAGCACUGGUAGGAGGAUUGACAGCGUUUGGAGUGUUCCGAUCUGCUGGAAGUGAUUAAUUGGACUUGAUGUUCCAGAAACAACACAUUGAUGUAGAAAGCUGUUCAAUACUUGCCACUAGUGUAGCCUUUUGUAGAGACUGUUGCCUCUUUGAGUCUCUUGUCUAGGAAUUGAUGCGGGUAAAUUAGAUGACAACAAGAAGUUUUUAGAACGGGCAACUAGACCAACGCGCCGUUCUCUGCAAGUACUACUGCACAUCCUCACGAGUCCGUGACUGUCAUUUGAAUUGAAAAAAAUACUUCAUGCUUGUGUGAAUUUGACCGAAGAAUUGCACUUGAGCUGUGAAACUGAAUGAACUCAGAUGAAAUAGGCAGCGUUUGACCUGAUAUUAAGAAUGCCGAGACUCCUUAGUUCUGCCACUUUCUGCAAUAUGCCU